ACGGCCUAUCCACAGCUCAGUGUCGAGAAUCAAACGUUAGGUUUACGACACAGACACACCAGAACAGCUUCAUCUGUGUGUUUAUCUGUCGGCAGAGAAGAAAAUCUGUAUGUUUCCUACUUCUUUUCCUGCAACAGGCUCGGUCUUUCUGGGCGUUUCCAUGGUGACAUCAGCAGGCUCGCCUCGCGCUGACUGACACGUACUGUUUGUUAAAAUCGACCCGUGAGGCAGGAACGCAGCUGAAAACAUCCGCGGCGCACUCAGAAGAAAUCUUGGAUUGAGACAAGACUUCAGGUUCUUCAAAACGUAGUUCCUGAUUUCACCAUGAACGUGUUCGACCGCAACAUCAACAUCGACGCRAUCUUCAGGUUCUCCCAAAUAUCUCAUUCCACCCAGGUGCAUCUGAAGAAUGUCUACUCCAGCUUGGCCGUCUGUAUGUUCGUGGCUGCAGCCGGCUCCUACGUUCAUGUUGUCACACGCCUCUUUCAGGGAGGGAUCCUGUCUGUGCUCGGGUCUCUGGGAAUGAUGUUCUGGCUCGCCAUGACGCCUCACAACCCUGAGACGGAGAAGAAGAGGCUGGCUAUCCUUGCAGGCUUUGCCUUCCUCACAGGCGUCGGCCUCGGCCCCACACUGGACUUUGUCAUCGCUGUCAAUCCCAGCAUCAUUGUCACGGCCUUCUUGGGAACCUCUGUGAUCUUCGUUUGCUUCACACUCAGCGCCCUUUAUGCAAAACGCAGGAGCUACCUGUUCCUAGGAGGUACUCUGAUGUCUGGUCUGUCCGUCCUGUUCCUCAUGUCUCUGAUGAACGUCUUCUUCGGGUCCCUGAUGCUCUUCAAGGCACACAUGUACUUGGGGCUGCUCAUUAUGUGCGGCUUUGUGCUCUUUGACACUCAACUCAUCAUCGAGAAGGCAGAGAACGGAGACAAGGACUAUGUGUGGCACUGUGUGGACCUGUUCCUGGAUUUCAUCACCAUCUUCAGGAAACUGAUGAUCAUCCUGGCCAUGAACGAUAAGGACAAGAAGAAGGAAAAGAAGUAAAAGGCAUUCAAGUAAAGGAAAAUAAAAGAAAAGACACAAUUUGCUUUGCAUCUGGUGCUUUUCACUUUGUCUUCAUUUUUUAAACUAACUUUUCUGUGGUCUUACGUUGAAACUUUUGAACAAUUUUUGAAAAUGAUGGGGCUGAACAGAAGUGUGGUAGAGGAGCUCUCGUCUCUUAUUGGCUGAGACCUGCUGACUCUGCAGUGGUCGUGCUUGGCCUCUAGAGGGCAGUGUUGCCUGGGGAGAGCUGAGGGCUUCAUGAAGAUGUUCAUAUUACUGUUAUUUAGUGCCAUAAGUUAAAACAUUAGGCUCAUGUUAAAGACUCAUGUUAGCUUUUGAUUCUUUUGAUUUGUGUGUUUAUAGUUUCUCUCAGUGCUCUGUGGUAGAGUGUGACUAGAUUACAUUCAUUUAGACAAAUCAUCAUCAUUCAUUUAGAUUUUUGUCGUUUUUGUUUUUCCACAUUUCAAUUAGAUGAAGAAAAAUGUUCAGUGUGGUGGUCCUGAGAGCUCUGAGAGCCUGUCAGGGUCCUGAUGACACACUGAACUGACCCAGAUGGACUGGUUUYAGACUUUGGACAGGUUGAUGUGGGACACUGAGCCAUCUGUUCGUUUGUUUUCUCAGUUUGGAUAACGCAGACGGGCCACUUAUCUGGACCGUUCCUUUUGUAAAUUCUCCUGGAAGCUGUUGUCUGAGCAUCAGUUUGCCAAAUCUUGUGAGGUUAGCCCACAGUUCCUCAUUAGUCAUUGUUUUAAACGUGUAUACUGUGAAGAAGUUUUGUUGGUGUUAAACUGAAACUACUAAUUUGAUACAUUUGCUCUAAUAAAUGUGUUGAACAUA